AUCGUUUUCUCUGGAGCUGAAACACAUGAAACCACAUACUAUGCUCGUGGAGUUUCCUGUGAGUGCGCGCACAGAGUCCGGCCAGUACAGUACAUAGGAAAUGACUCAUAGGAGUUGAACUGUGAGCGUGGGUGUGUGCGCUAUUAAAGCAAGGCGCAGACUCCUGCGGGUGAGUCACUCUGAUGCUCGCUUUUCCAUGCUGAGAACCAGCACGGACUGACUGCGCAUCACAUGCACUUUUCGGGAAUCGUGUAGCCGACGGAGAGCAGCUUCCCCCCCGGGCACACACCAUGGCUUCUGACGCUCUCUGCGCGCUCUGCGGACUUAUCAUCGCGGCCGUGGCCAAUUUCCACGUCGUGAACGCAGAGACAAGUCUGUGUGGCAACUUAGAGUUUUGGAGCUCAGAUGCGGACGGGUGUAUGCCAUGUGCGUCGUGCAAGCAGUACCCCAAGACCCCGUCGUGCGACACAUGUAAACCUGAUGAGGACACACCGGAUGUGUGGAAACUAGCGGCCAUCACAAGUUUCUCAGUGCUCGCCGUCGUGCUGGUCGGUGCUGUCUUGAUUAUCGGGGUCAUGGUGCAUCGACACAAGUCACACAAACGACCUCUACGUGAACCCAUUGAAGAAACUGCGGGGCCACUUUAUCAAGCUUAAACAUUUCACCUCAUCUUCCUCUGGAAACAGAUGUGACAGAACCGAGCAGCGACCGGCUCACAGCCGGACGCAGAGACCUCUGGACCAUGAAGUGUAUGCUCUGAACACAGAGUAUCUCCUGACCAGAAUCGGACCAGUUUUAUUUAUUAGACUGUUCAGUGAAGGGAUCACAGUCCCAUAGCGACCACAGGACUUAACAACGAGCAACUCUCACAGCUUAACAUUAUAUUAGAGUAUCAUUUUCAGACUUCGUGUGCCUCUAUAUUCCAUAUAAAUGAGAUUAUGAUCCAGAAUAUCCUUUGUGGGUUUAUAUAGAUAUUUGACUCAGCAUCAGGAUUAACCUACAACCCACACUCCUGUUUAGCGUUGUGCUGUUUUCCAGCAGGACUCCAAUGAAUGUAACACAGCUAGUGCCGUCUGGGGCUGCGGCCUGAUCCCCUGCUAUUCUGCAGGGUAACAAGGGGACUCUCUGCUGGUUAUUUACCACAACAGCCUCUUCAAGAUAAACCAUGAGUGAGUCAAGACAAACUGUUUGGCACAUUAAGGCCAUUUGAAUGUAGCUAUUAUUAGGUUGAAAUGUAUUCUAGCCAUUGUCCCUGACUGCACCUCCAUAGCUGUUCUUUGAGUUUGACAGAAAACUGCUCAUGCACCGUGAGCCCGUCUCUUAAAACCAACAGACCCUCUACUACAGGUUAUAACAAUCUGGUUUUGUUCUGUUUUAAUGUUUUUGUCUGACUUUUUUUUAAUUUUACUUAUAUUACAUCCCCAGAAUUCAUGUUACCGUCCCAGCGUUAGCGGCACAGGAUGCUUGAAACACUAGAAACACACAAUGCCAGCCUACUAACAAGAGCAGAGAAUGUACUGUACUGGAGAGAAUGACACCCACAGCGUGUUAGGCGAAGUUACACAAUCACACCUAACUCUGACUUGAUGAAUGAUGAUGCUCAAAGAAAAAAGCGAUGCAUCUAUCAAGAUGUCAGUAAUUUUGUGGCCUUUGAAACCAGUGAAAAACAUGGUGGGCAGGAUUGUUGUUUUCCACUUUUUCUUAUUGUACAAAAUGUUUUUGUCUUUUUUCCAUCUUCCGACCAUCUUGCAGUAUGUGGUCACUGACAAUGUUUCAGGUCUUUUUUUUGGAUCUGUCUGCUUGUGGGUGAAAUGCUUGCCCUCUGGCAGCGACAUUAGGGAAUCACUUAAAAUACAGAUACGUCCACAUUUCUAUUUUUUUGUUUAGAUGUUUAUAUUAUUUAUUUGUAAGUAUCUUGCAGUGUAGCAUUGUUUCAAACUGCAAGGGACAAGCACAUAUGUAAAGGGACUCCAGUGAAGAUUUCUUUUAAUUUCUACUUGGCCAGCCUGCGAUGUUACUGAGCAAUAACUAACACUUCCUGCUUAUUCCUCUUGCUUUCUGUCUAACUGUAUAUACUGUACAUGCACUGGCUUCUUUUACCUAAUGCAAUCCUAUAAACUGCUUUGUGUACCUAAAGUAUUUUCACAAUAAAA